GGAAGACUUAUUCCGAUUUUACUGUUUCGGUUGACAAGUCACAAAAAAAAUAUAUAAACAACGGUUAUUUUAACAUAGCAGUUUACAAAAGUUCUACCAGAAUUUCAAAGCUAAAUGUCUAUUGAUUAGAAAUCGAACUCAAAAUGUGCCCCAUUUAUCCCAAUAUUUCAAAAGUUCACAUUCGAAAUCAGAAAAAGCAAACAAAAAUAUAUAACAAUGAAACAUUUUUGUGUUUUAAUAUCAUUCGUUGUUGUAAAUGUUUUGGCAGAUAAACAAGAGGACUAUAAGAGGGAGAUUGGCUACACAAAUAGACAAAUCGAGCGGGUGCCAUUUCCUGAUGAACAGUUACAAAUUGUAAUUCGAAAAAUAGUUUGUGGAAAGGCGCCGAUGACGAUUUUGGCUUAUAUGUUUGCUGCUCCAGCAAUAGCAUUAGAAGGAAACUAUCCAAACUACGAAGAAACACUGCAGCAAUGCAUAGAUUCCCAAAUUCACUUGCAAGAAAUAAUAUCCAAAGAAUUUGGUGUCUCUGUUCCAGAAAAAAGUCUAGUACGUUCUGCAUUAAGAAUAGUGGGUUUGGCAUUUGAUUCGACGGUUUGUACAGAUUAUGAUGACUGUCUGUUGACGGAACUUGAAAAUGAGAGAACAAAUCUAACUCGUGAGGCUACAAGACAACUUCUCUAUUUUGUAUCAAAUGGGGAGGAUGAAGAUUUUAACAGUGAUUAUAACCGGAUGUGUCGGUUGAGGGGUUUGUAUAGAAGUAUAUUAUACCCAGAUACAUUUAUAAUACUAGCUGAAGUUGUUGAUGAUAAGUGUCAUCUAACUGGUAUAGACAACGAAAAAAUCAUAGUCAAUUGCAGGGGGUAUGUUAUGAAACAAACAUCAUUAAUAGAUUAAAACGUAUUCACUUGCUUCUCGGUUAUUAUA